AUGGCCCUUGUGCCAGAGAGUAGCAAGGAUGGACCUUGGUCUGGAGAUAACCCAGACUCUUCAUGGCAUCCAGAAAGUCCUCGGUUGGCCAACCCCCUCUCAAAAAACAGAGACGAGACUGGCAGAUGUGAAGGUUAUCAGGAUGUUGAGGUGUCUCAAAAGCCCCGCCUGCCCUCUAUUGUGGUAGAGGCUUCAGAGCGGAGUGAGGGAGACCAGGAAGACCAGCAGUGGCCACAUGAGGAGUUGCUGGUGCUCACUGAUGGUGAAGAAGAAGAUGCAGAAGCUUUCUUCCAGGAUCAAAGCGAAGAGCCAGGCUGGGCCUGGAUCCCACAGGAUCCCACAUCUCCUUUAAGAACAUUUAACCCUGGACUUGGCUGGGGUCAAGAACAAGAAGAUGCCUCCUGGAUUCCUGAAGAUACAGAGGGUCAGGAACCUCCCAAUCUCUGUCCUCUUUGGGACCCGACAGGGUCCUGCAUCUAUAGAACCCGGUUUAUGGAGUACCCCCGUUUUCCACCUCUCAGUACUUCUGGGGGAGCUGAAGAAGAAGUUGUUCAAGCGCCGCAGGGUAUUAAGCAGGGAUCGGCGACGGAAGCGCCGGGUGGUCGGGGCUGUGAUAGACGAAGGGCUGACUACGAAGCACCACCUCAAGAAGCGGGCGUACGUACAGUAUUAUCCUCCGGUUGGUCAUUCCUACCCACUUCCUACCAGGUUUCAGAGCAUCGCAGAGGUCUCCAAAUUUCUUGUUCUCUUUCACGUUUAUGCAGGAACUAGUUGAGAGUUAUGUUAGUUUCCAAACUACUAGCCUCUUAUGGUAUCAUUGCUCACAGGGUUCUGCUGCUAUUGUUGAUUGUUUUGUUUCGGGUUUUCAAGC